AUGUCGCGCAAACCCGCCGAUGUGGCGUCGAAGGAGCGCAACGAAUACAUUCCAGCGUUCAUCUCGAAGAAGCCCUUUUACGUCGAUGAUGAGUCUGGAAACGACUACCUUGAGCACCAGCGUCUGCAAAAAGCAACACAAGAACAAUCCAAAUGGUACGAUCGAGGAAAGCGCGUGGGUCCAGCUGUGACCAAGUACCGAAAAGGCGCAUGCGAGAACUGCGGUGCGAUGACACACAAGACGAAAGAAUGCCUCAGCAGACCUCGAAAACAGGGUGCCAGGUGGACAGGCAAGGAUAUCCAGGCAGAUGAAGUUAUCCAAACAGUCGACAUGGGAUGGGACGCCAAACGCGAUCGGUGGAACGGAUACGAUGCCAGCGAGUACCGCAAGGUUGUCAACGAAUAUGAAGAGCUGGAGGCAAUGAAGCGGGCGGCAAAAGAGGGAGAAGAUCUCAAAUUGAUCAAGGACGGGGACGAUGACGAUGAUGGCCAUCCUGCAGACGAACUUCGCUACGCUGAGGAGUCCGACAUGGGUCGGCAACAAAGUACGGCGACCCGCAACCUGCGUAUCCGAGAAGACACCGCCAAAUAUCUACUCAACCUCGACCUCGAUUCUGCCAAAUACGAUCCGAAAACGCGACGAAUGGUGGACAUGGGGGCACAGGAAGAUCAAGCGGCGGCACUGGUCGCGGAGGAGAAUUUCAUUCGCGCUUCGGGUGACGCUGCUGAGUUUGAGAAAGCACAAACCUAUGCAUGGGAAUCUCAGGAAAGCGGUCGUGCGCAGAUUCACCUUCAAGCGAAUCCGACCUCCGGCGAGGUUCUUCGAAAGAAAGAGAAAUCAGACAGCGAGGCCAAGCGUCAAGCGCAGCGCAAGGCUCUGUUGGACAAAUAUGGCGGCUUCGAACAUCUCCAAUCAACUCCUCUCCGCGACACGAUGGUUGUCGAGAACGAGCGAUUUGUCGAGUACGAUGAAUCGGGUGCCAUCAAGGGUGCACCCAAAAAGGCGACCAAAUCCAAAUACGCCGAGGAUGUCAUGAUCAACAACCAUACUUCUGUGUGGGGUAGCUGGUGGCAUGAGUUCCAGUGGGGCUACACCUGCUGCUACUCUACGGUGAAGAACAGCUACUGUACGGGAGAGGAGGGCAGGAAGGCGUUUGAGGAAGAGGGGAACAUGUUGAUGUUGCCCGAGAAUGGCGAGGAGGCACCCGAUCAGGCGGACGAACCCCUCGAGUCAGAACCAGUAGACACAAGGGCAGAGGAGAAGGUCAACGCAAAGAAGCGCACGUUGGCGGAAGUGAAGUCGGGCAUCACGGAGGAGGAGAUCGAUUCGUACAAACGAAGCCGGCUGACGGCGGAUGAUCCAAUGGCGAAGUUCAUUGGUCAGGACCUGUAA